AGCAUGUACACGCCUCAUCGGCAAUUGCUUCCAUCGUACACUGCUCUGUCCGCGACCUCGUGAGUGCGCGCACGUGUGUCACAAGUGAAUCGGGAGGGCGACGGGAGAGACAGACUCGCACAAGGACCUGGCUUGCAGGCGCAGGAGUCCUUGCGCAAGCUUUUGACGGGCUCCGCUUCUGGGAAACGUCCAUCGCCAUCGCGCCCACCAAACAAACAUUCAGGGCACCGCACCUUUUGCAGUCCAACACCGCCCAACAUGGCAGCACUCGGUGAGGAUCUGCUGGGCGUGGUCAACAAGCUGCAGGACUUGGUCUUCAACACCAUCGGCAACGAUUCGCUCGACUUGCCGCAAAUUGUUGUGGUAGGCUCGCAAUCAUCUGGUAAAUCAUCUGUCUUGGAGAAUAUCGUCGGAAGAGACUUUCUGCCUCGAGGCAGUGGCAUCGUAACACGACGACCGCUCAUCCUCCAACUCAUCAAUCUCCCCUCCGAGCGAAGCGACAAGCCCGACGACCAUGCUGUGCACAUCCCGCACACUCCGGAGGCAGUGGCUGGUCAGGAUGAAUGGGGCGAGUUCAAUCAUAUGCCUGGCCGCAAGUUCUACGACUUCCAGGAUAUCAAGAGGGAGAUUGAGGCAGAGACGAACAGAAUAGCGGGCAGCAACAAGGGCAUCAACCGACAACCCAUCAACCUCAAAGUCUACUCGCCACAUGUGUUGAGCCUGACGCUCGUAGACUUGCCAGGUCUUACAAAAGUGCCCAUUGGCGAUCAGCCUACAGACAUUGAGAAGCAGACCCGGACACUGAUAUCGGAAUACAUCGCGAAACCAAACAGCAUCAUCUUGGCGGUAUCGCCUGCGAAUGUCGACUUGGUCAACUCAGAAUCGCUCAAGCUUGCGCGACAAGUUGAUCCGACCGGCAAAAGAACGAUCGGUAUUCUCACAAAGCUGGAUUUGAUGGAUCAUGGCACAAAUGCGUUGGAUAUCCUUUCCGGUAGAGUCUAUCCUCUGAAGCUCGGCUUUAUCGGAGUUGUCAACCGCUCGCAACAGGAUAUCCAAGGGAACAAGUCUAUGUCAGAUGCGCUCCAGGCUGAGCGGGAGUUCUUCCGUAUGCACCCAGCAUAUCGCAACAUUGCAUCAAGAUGCGGCACGCAGUAUCUGGCGAAGACGUUGAACACUACGCUCAUGGGCCACAUUCGCGAGCGACUUCCAGAUAUCAAGGCCCGACUGAAUACUCUGAUGGGCCAGACGCAACAAGAGCUGUCUUCAUACGGCACCGAUACUUUCACUGGCAAGGAGCACCGUGGCUCACUGAUCCUCCAGCUCAUGACCCGCUUCGCGACUUCAUUCACCUCAUCGAUCGACGGUACUUCUUCAGAAAUCAGCACGAAAGAGCUCUGCGGUGGAGCCCGCAUAUACUACAUCUUCAACUCUGUCUUUGGAAACAGCCUCGACUCCAUCGACCCUACCAUGAACCUUACUGCCCUCGAUAUCCGAACUGCGAUCCGUAACUCUACCGGUCCUCGUCCUUCGUUAUUCGUUCCCGAACUCGCAUUCGAUCUCCUGGUAAAACCACAAAUCAAGCUUCUCGAGAUUCCCAGUCAAAGAUGCGUGGAGCUGGUGUACGAAGAGCUGAUCAAGAUUUGCCACACCUGCUAUUCAAAUGAACUUGCACGGUAUCCUCGGAUGCAGGCGAAACUCAUUGAAGUCGUCUCGGAUUUGCUGCGCGAACGUCUUGGUCCUACUUCUUCGUACGUGGAAAGUUUGAUCGCCAUACAACGGGCUUAUAUCAAUACCAAUCAUCCGAACUUCCUUGGUGCGGCAGCAGCAAUGAGUGGCGUGAUGCAAGACAAGCAUGAGAAGGAGAAGAAAGCGGCUGCGGCGGAAGAGAAGAGGAAGCGGGACGAGCGAAGGCGGAAAGAGCUGGCACAGAACGGCGUCAAUGGGGCGGAAGCACCAGAAGAGGAGGAAGAGGAGCAGAGCCGUGUUCUCCCUCUACGCGCGGGCGCGAAGACAAAAGAGACGCGAAGCAUGAGCCCAGCGGUCGGGAGAGACGGACACCGACAUGGACACACAACCAGUGCGGCAAACGGCGCUGGGAAAGACUCGUUCUUGAACUACUUCUUCGGAAAGGAGAAUGGGCCUAGCCAAGGCGCUCUGCCUGGACCUCAUGCCGCCAGUCUGCCUGGUAACAGGCAUGUGAGCCAGAACGCUGAGCCGAGCAUCAGUGCGAGCUUCCGAAGAGGCGACACCAGAGCUAUCCCUCCACCAGAGCCUGUCGCAGAGGAACCAGACCACGAAGAGAAUGCUUUGGAUGACCCCACAGGACCAGCGUUAACAGAACGCGAAUCACUGGAGACGGAGCUCAUCCGAAGGCUGAUCAGCAACUACUUCAACAUCGUGCGCGAGACCAUUGCCGACCAAGUGCCCAAAGCCGUUAUGCACUUGCUCGUGAACUUCUCCAAAGAUGGAGUCCAGAAUCGUCUAGUAUCGGAACUCUACCGAGAAUCACUGUUCGAGGAGCUCCUCUACGAAGAUGACGGGGUUCGCGAGGAGCGGGAGAAGUGCGAGAAGCUGCUUGCUACGUACAAGGAAGCGAGCAAAAUCAUCGGCGAGGUGUUGUAAACGAAGUUUGGAUGUCGUCUGGUUUUCACGGCGAAAUUUGUACCAUUUUGAUCUGGACAUCAGCUGCAGCCAGCGUGUCGAGAAAUCAGCUCUACCUGCGCCAGUCACGAGAGCUAAUGAGCCAGGCCGGUAGGGUCGGGCCAUAUGUAUAGAUCUUGGGAAAGGGCUGUACACUACUCAAUACUGUAGCACGAAUAUCAUGCUGAAAAGCGAUUCCGCACCAGAGG